AUGCGAGUGUUUUGGAGGAAUAGUGACUCCGGGGCGAGUAAUUACUACGGGGAGACGCCGGAGUAUGGGGUGCGAGUGGAUUUUGAUAUUCCGGUGACGUCGGGGUGUCUCCGGUGCCAGGAUAUGAGGAGAGGUGGCGGCGGGACUUGUGGGUUUGAUACGGUGUCGCGGGAGUUUCUGUGUCUUUGUAGGCAGGGGAAUGUCACUACUUCUUGCGAGCAAGAUCAUGAUCAGCAAGGUUCUUCUAGGCACAGCAAUGCCGGAGUGAUCGUAGGGACGGUGGGCGCGGUUUCGGCGGCCGGAGCUGUUGGGAUCGGAGCUGGGGUUUGGUACUUCAACAAGAUUAGAGCUAAAGCGCCGGUCACUUGUGGAGUUCAGAGCAAUGAGAACAGGCUUUUUUGAACCAGAAUUAAAGUUGGUUGAGUGGGAAUCAAAUUAUUUUUUUUUUUUAAUUAUCCAUCACAUUUUUUAUUGGCUUGUUUUGCUUUUACAGUCAAGUUUUGUAUAUUAAGAUGGUUGUAGUAUUGUUGCUGCCCAUCCUUUUUAGGACAUAUAGAAUCCCUCUAAAAGAGAGACUUGUAUUGCAAGUAAUGAUAAUAUUCUCAUCAGUCAUCACCACCCAAGAUGAAGAAAGC